UAGAACCAGGAAGUACAUGUGCUGACAGGCAGAGAGUGCUACUGUUUAAUUAUCACAGAAUAAAUACUUGAUAUUGGAGAUAUUUGUAGGUGAAGGGUGAAAAUGCCACUCCUGACUCAAAACAAACGAAUCGACCGUGUAAUAUCAACAACUGACUUGUUCUCGAAUUACUCCCAUUUAAAGGAAAAUGCCAAAACAUUUCGCUCCAAACCGCUCGUGACAGUGGAUCCAAAGUGCCUGCUGUACGUGCAGCAGAGGGAAUUUGCGGCCACAACGCCUGCAGACAGCUCUGUUUCAAUUAUUGGUUCUGAGGAUGCAACUACAUGUCACUUAGUAGUCCUGCGCCAUACAGGAAGCGGAGCGACUUGUCUGGCUCACCUGGAUGGCUCGAAAACAUGGACUGAAGUUCUUCUCUUAGUUAAUGCUGUAACGGCAUUAAGCAACCCAGCCAAACCAGGCAGGUUAGAGCUUCAUCUUAUUGGGGGGUUUGAUGAUGACAACAAGAUGUCCCAUAAACUCAGCUGUGAAAUUUUGGCGGAAUUUCAGAAACAAAAGGAAGAAAUUCACCUAGAAACUUGCUGCAUUACUGAUAUGAAUGAUGUUGUGACAGAUGGGAUUCAUAGACCAAUUAUCUAUGGAAUAGGUGUGAACGUUAAAACGGGCGAGGUUUUCCCAGCCGUGUUUCCUCACAGAGGACCUGCUGAGGACCUGAGGUCUGCACGUAGCUUCACAGGUGGACAGAUAGCCAAUGUGUACGACUCUAGUAAGGAGCAGCUGAAGAUCGGCCCAUGCAGGUGGCCACCUAACAUGGACAUCGCCUUCUGGCUGGACGAAGAUGACGAAACAAUCUUACAGUGCCUUUCCACAUCUCCUUAUGCUGAGCCACCUCAUUUUGUCCAACACAUCAAGUCCACAAUACGCUUCCUGCUGGAACACCCGAACCCCGACGCUCUGUUUCCCGGAAGCCAGCCGCAGCUCUUCCAGCGAUCAGAGCAGGGAGAGUGGGAGAGAGUCUGCCUUUAACACUGAUCUCUGCUCUUAACAAUCAACAACACUGUGACUCAACCAAAGGCCUUUACAAAAAGCGAUUACUGGCUGUACAUGUUGCUCUUUCAUGCUAAUCCGUUUAUCUGAGGGGAUGCUUGGUAGAGACUCAGAUUAGCAUAAAAGAGAAACUUCUACUUGGGGUGGAAAGAUGGGAUUUUCUUUAGUUAUGCAUCAGUUGAUGUUUUAGAGACUGUACAGAAAUAAAAUGCCUCUUUAUGGACUCCUAAAGCUGGAGUGGGACUUGUUUUAUACAGUGUACAGCGUUGUACAGUGAUGAGAAAAUUUAUUAUGACUUUAUUUCCUCUGAUAUGUAUCAUACAUAUGGCAUGAUGUGUGACUGUUGUGUGUAUCCUUCCCGAGUUAUGAAGAAAAAAAAAAAUGCUGCAUAUCCUUCAGAAAUCCUGCAAGAGUUUUUACACAUUCACGGUAUAAUAAACAUUCAACUUGAUAUCACUGUGGUUCUUAACUGGUAUCCUUUUUUUUUUUUUUUUUUUAAAGGAAUCUGAUGUUUCCUGUUUACAACCUGCCUUUCAGAUAUACAGCCUUGAAAAAAAAACAAAUCUGUAUCUAAGUCAAAACCAACUCUGAACUGAUAUCACAGGUCAUAACAGUUCCUGAGUAUAAUGGGUGAAUGUGGACCUGAAAGGGAGCUGGCAUGUUGUUGCAUGUCCAGAUUUUUCUGGAAUUUUCCACUGCUCCUUCUGAGACACACCCAGAAAAAGUCGGAAGUAAAAGAAAUCAUCUGCA